AUGACGAUCACCAUCUCGACCAGCAGAGGAAACAACGAAGUGCGACUUUUGCACAAGAAGGUCCAGCAGAACCUGGAUGCAGCAACUGAGGCCGUGGUGAACGGUUUUUGUAAGUCACUUCGUCGUCGCGUGGGGCAGCGCCUACGUAAGAAGCUCAGAAAAGCUCUGCAAAAGGAGGAGUUCGAACAGUCCUUGGUCGUCUUCUGUCAACGCGAGGCUAAGCUCUUGGUGGCGAAAGCGCCCUUGACGAAGGACUCGCAAAAGAAUCGUGAUUCUGCUGACCAUUCACCCUGCUACUGGACGGGCACAGGGUCGUUUUCGAGGCAGACCACCCUCGAUCCUGCGUUCACAAACAAUAUCAUCGCCGGAAGCAACAUCCUGCCAUGUCAGCACGCGAAGGCCAUCCCGCCACCAGUCAUCACAGUGCCAUGCUUCGUUGCCGUCCUUGCGACACCGUCCUCCGCAGCGCAACUCGUGCGCCACGCUGCUUCGGACUCACCUGCUUCGGGUGUCGCUGCCCAGGCACAGACCUUCGAUCUUGCAAUCGAACUACAAGCGAUGCUGCUUGCAGUCUCUCCCCAGUGGACGACGAAGACAUCGCAGAUCUCAGCAUGGACUGGAUCCGCACUGUGUGCGGAGGAGUCCCCGCACCGGUGGAACACACGUAUAUCCAGUUCAAGGCUAAGCUACCCGUGA